GUGGACGUCAAAGAAAUGUACUAAAAAGCGUGAUGCACGUGCAGAGCUGUUGUUUUAGUCAUAUUAAACACCAAUUGUUUUUUGACGUUGUGGUCCCUGUUAUCUCAGUGAAAACACAACCGCAGAGUCUUAAAGCCAUUUUUCACUUAAUGGAUGAUGUAAUAUUGUCAUGUUAUAAUUAUGGAAGCUGGGCCGCUGAACACAAUAUGUAUUAAAUAAAAAAAUUAUUGUUACAGAACAAUAAACAGACUAUUAAGGAUGAAGAGUUUUGAGCUGCUCUGUAAGUUCGCUGUUCCAGUUUCAAAUUAGAAAAGGUGGCUUGGUUUGCUGUAUUUAAGCCUGAGAAAGCACUUCUCGUGAUCUAAACUAUAAGUGGUCUGAAAUUUGUUAUACCAUUUAACAAAAUUAUAAGUCACACUUAGCUUCACUUAGGUUUGUUUUGCAAGUUAGUUUUUGUUGUUUUCCCUGUCAGCAUGCACGGCAAUAGUGUAAGUGAAUUGUCUAACCACAACACCCCCCCCCCCCCCCACACACACACACACACACACACAUGGACGGCCAGGUGUCUUGCCUUUCACCACGUAGCCAAACCUUCCCACCACUUCAAAAGCAUAACGCUUAAGGAGGAGGAAACAAACUAUAGAAUAAUUUAAACAAAAGACAAUGCCAUUAAAUUAUUCAGCGUAAUGACUCGAUUUAGCGCCCGGAGUGCUUAUAUACUUAUGGUUUCUCAAAUGAGGGCGCUUAUUCGAAACAGGGCGUCUAUUUCUUUUACGUUGCGAAGCAAAACUCUUGAACCAUAAAACAGGGGCAGGGCACCUUAUGAGCAAGAAUUAGCAAACGUCUACGAUCAUGGCUCCUUCUGGCAAUCCCUUGAUUUGAAGUUCGAAGCUUGUUUAUGAAGGCGAAUUCUCGUCUGCUAUACGAGGCCAUCAUGUCUACAAAGCGACGUGGUCUGCAACUUAAGACUCAAAUUCCAAGCUAUCAGUGACGUUCAACGCUUUACCCUUCCAAUCAUUCCGACAAAUAAUAGCAACACCACCACAGAUUUAGGAGCCAGCUCGAUCUUUCCUCACCAUAAUAUAUAGCUCUCUGGGCAAUUCGAAUGUGACAAGAUUAUCUUACUCAACCAUGACUCCUAAACAAAACAGUCCUCGAAUAAAAGCCGUCCCUCGAAUAAUCCCCUCCUUAGACCGAAAUGUUUAAAAUAAUCGCCUCCCUCCAAUAAUCUCCCACCCCCACCCCUCUCGCCAUUUUCUCUUGCUUUUAUCCCCUCCCUGUCAAGCUGCAGUGGAGCCUGAUCCAGCAAAACUGAUUAGUGACAAUUCAAGCUCGGGUGUCGAGGAUGUUGGCAUUGAAAAUUAAUCAAAUAACCAAAGUAAUUUGAAAUACUAUUUAAAAGCCCAUGUUCUGUUUAGUUGAAGUUAUCAAUUUUGGGUUUAAUGGAAUACUAAAACAAAAUAUUUUGGGCACGACCUCCAGUGAGCAAUAUUUGAAAUAAUCGCCCCCUCAAAUAAUCGACUCCUUUUUGUGGGAAAAAAUAGUCGUCGCCCCCGGCUAUUAUUCUAGGAAAUACGGUCGGUAUCAAUGUUAUUGUUACUAAGCUCAGCAUAAACAGUCGGAGCUGCAUCAGGUUUUGCCAGGCACCAGGCAUUCAAACCAUACGCUUUGGCACUAUCUUUGGUGCUGUAGGCCCUUUGUUGAUUUUAACAAUCGAGAGCGUUCGCGGCUGUUCACUCGGGUUGCGUAAAUUAGGGUCAACCUUGUCACGAUAGGAUGGAACAAUAGUGGGUGAUUGAAUAGCGGCGCUUAUUGGUAUUGGGGCGCUUGAAAUACCCGGGUGGGGGGUACUUCCUAGCAGUAGGCUAAUAGGUAUGUGCUGCUGGAUUGGGCGGCAUUUCCACGACUGGAUUGACUAUUAUAGGGUUACAUUUUUAUAAGAGUUACUGGAACGGGGUCGAACAUUUUCAGGAUUUUGGGAUCAGAAAAUUCAGGUAUGUAAGGAUUUAAAAAUAGAAAGAUUUACACCACAUCAAGUUAACAAAAAGGUGGCAGAUGAUUUAAGGAUCUUCUUGUUAAAAGGCUUUAGAAGGUAGAUGCUUAAGUAGAAAGUCACUAAGUUAGGAUUGCGAAAAUUACUUUUUUCCAAAAGUGACUAAGAUGGGGUUUAUAAUAUCGCCACAGUAUAGACUAUAAUGGGGUCUGGGUUUUGAGAGGCCAGCGGCACAUACCCCAAAAAUAGUUAACGCAAGUAACCCUCCGGGUUGGAACAAGGGUGCUUAUGCAAUAGGGAUGGUUAUUAGAGAUUGGGCGCUUAUUGGAACGAAGUUAGUUCGUUGAUGUUCAGAACAAUUGUUUCUUUUAGAGGGAUGCAAACAACAGUUAUAAUUCUGGUGAUGCAAAACACAACACUAAUUAAGACGCAUCAUUUAUGGUGUUUUGAACAUGUAUGUACACUUGAAGUGAGGGCAGUAAAAAAAAAAGUUUAAAAUAGCAGGUGGAUUGUUUAACUGAUCAAAAAUAACCUAAAUUAAUUAUAUAUGUUACAUUUGAAAUUCAGUGAAAUUAUCUUUACCAUAAAUUUCUUUUAAUAACUUCAAAGACUGUACUGAAAGAUCACAAGAAGGACAAACACUGGUGUAGGACUAAGUAUCUGAUGGAAAUUAACCCCCCCCAUGACCUCCUACAAUAGGUCAGUUAAGUGAACUAGAAGCCAAUGAACUACACAACCUCUAAGACAUUACUUACAUUUAAUGAGCAUUCUUUUUGUUUUCACUAGUUCCUUUAGAAAUAGAAGCACGAGGAGAAAAAGCACAGCUCGCUUAUCAAAGGGCUCUGAAAGAUGGAGCUGUUAAUGUUUACCGUGGUCGAGUAUUGCUUAUUGGGCAGGAUCGGGCAGGAAAAACAAGUUUAAAGAAGUCUCUCAUCGGUCUAUCAUUUAAUCCAAAAGAAAAAAGUACUGAUGGAAUUGAAGUGGAUCCUUCAAAAUUUCAGUUGGACGUUGGUGAAGUCAGGAAUUGGAAACCUGUUGAUGAGAGAAAACAAGGAUUGCUGGGAUGUUCGAGAGAUGUGGCACAGCUGAUGGUGGAAAAGAUGCAUGAGAUUUCAGUUAACCGUGACUGGGUUCAGAAGGAGAAAAGAGGUGAAGCAGUACUUAAAAAUGAUGAUAACAAGAAUAGGAAACAAGUUGGUACUAAUGGAGCAAAGGAAGAAGUUUCUCUUGUAAAUGAGGUUUGUCUUUGUUGGUUGUGAAAUGUGACGUUUUCUCGUUAAUCCUUUUUUACCACAAAGAACACCUUAACAGUAGUUAGGUAUUAUGAAUUGAUUAUCGCCUUCAUAAGUUAGGUUUUAGUGAGAAACGCACCACGGUCUCCCAUUCUUUUGCUACAAUGUUUGUAUGGAAAAUAUGUACCAACUGCCAGAUCGUUUUCUAGCACGUUUCUGGUUAAGAAUUUAGGGGGUUUUUUUCUAGGAAGUUUAGUUCCGAGUGUAGAAUGUUACUACUAUCAGCCAUUUUGCUAUAUUUCCAUGGUUGUACCCAUCUACACCUAAGCUUAGCCUUUAGGUCAUUAGUGCGCGUGUGCAGACCAAAGUGAGUUUUGCCUUAAUGGCCGUAUCUUUAUUUAUAUUUUGAAAUGUCAUUUAGGCCUUGAGUAUAGGUUUCGCGUAUUUUGUUGUUAAUCACAAUUUCGGUAUCAAGUUCUUUCCUUUUUCUGUUUUAUGCGAGGAGUAAAGCCAAUGGGCUGGGGGACUCAAUCAAACACUAUUUUUCUAUAUAUUCUUAAAUUCACUGUUCCUUGAGCGUAUAAAGAAUGUUCUGUCAUCAAGUACAUAGAGGAUAUUACACGGUGGCGCGAAGAUAUGAAUUUUAUUUUCGAGUGGCAAAACAAUAGUUUACGAACGAGCGCAGCGAGUGAGUAACAUAUUGUUUUUGCAACAAAAUUGCACUAAUCCAUUAUUCCAAAAAAAACUUUCCCUCAUUCUUACUCCAUUAUUCCUCUUUACCCCCCAGAAUCGAACCAGAUAUGUUAAGUCUUUCAGAAUCAGAAUCAACAGUUAUUAUUCUUUUUUUUCGAACAUGCUACAGGUUGGUGAUCCAAACGAAGACAGUGAUAGUGAACUCACAUUAACAGGACCUGAUUUUGAGUUAGUGCUUGAUACUUCUUCACCUCCAGAGGAGGUCAAGGAGCGAGCUGUAAAUUUGGUAAAGUAUAUAAAAGGUAAAGGUGUUAAGGAAGAAUCCGUUGUCAGUAUUGAACUGUGGGAUUUUGCUGGACAACACCUGUAUUAUGCAUCCCAUCCUUUAUUUUUAUCAUCACGUGCGCUGUACAUCCUGGUGUGCAACCUCAGCAAGUCACUGCAUGACACAGCCAAGCCCUGUGUGAGGCAAGGAUCUUGUAAUGUUGAGUUGGAAAAUCCAAAUGGAGAAACAAAUCUCGAGAAUUUGUUGUCUUGGCUGUCUACAGUGCAUAGCGUCGCGCAGAUGAGAAGAGAAACCUGUGAUGAUGUUGAAGAAGAGGUGCCUCAUUAUUUACGUCCCCCAGUGAUCAUUGUAGGAACCCAUGCAGACAAACCAUUUGAAGACAUUGCAACAAUGAAAACAGAAAUCCAGAACGCAAUUGCUGGUAAGGACUAUGAAGGGCAUGUGGUGCGGCCUAUCUUCAGCAUUGACAACACUGCGAAAUUACUACAGAGUAAGAUCAGAAAUGUUUUUACUGCGAAAGAUGAAAACAUUGAUGACAUCCAAGCUCUACAAGUGAAAAUCUUGGAAGUGCUAAGACAGGAGCCUUACAUUGGGGAGAGGAUACCUGUAAGGUAAGCAAUGGUUAUACCAGAAUGUUCAGAAUCCAUUAAAGUAAAUAUUAAAUAAUUUGUAUGUCAAGGGUUGAGCUGUGAACACACUGAAAUUACUGUUUAUGUGGAUGGCGUUUGUUUUCGCCAAUCCUUGUAAGAUUUUUUUUAUAGUGUAAUGUGUUUCAGGUGUCAUCAGUUGACUGUGACGCUAUGUAAAAGCGUAAACGCAAAACAUCUGAAUGCUGGUUUAUUGUAGUCCUUUACUUUGAUUAAAAAAAUUACAUUGAGAACGCAAAAAGUUCAUUGAUUCCUGUAUGAGCCACCUGGCGGUCAUACGAAAUGAAUGUCUCGUUGAUUGAAACAAGUUCACCAUGAAAAGCAGUUUUGACUGGCCUUAAGGAAUAUUCUGCCCUGAAGGGUUUUAUAAUGUCAUUUUGAAUUGGCUGAAAAGAACUUUGUACAUUUCAUUGUUUUAAAAAGGUAAAGUAAAGUGGAUCACGCACCCGUUCAAUCUGUAGUAAACUGCAUAACUGCACAGGGUCACAAAUUAGAACAUGGCCAGUUUUAGUUCAGCUUAUUUAAGCUUAUAUUUAUCUCAUCUUAACUUUAGAAAGACCAUAAAUACUAACUAAUAAAAAAUCUACACGGCUUUUCACAUGUCAGCGGUCAUGUUUUGUAACGUAUACAUGCUUCUAGCCCCAGUUGUUCAAACAGUGAAUCUCUUUUAAGAGGAAAAAUGUCAGGAACCUUGAUGGCACUAUCCACUGGAUUUUGGAUAGAUAUUUAUCCAGUGGAAAGAGUUAUCCAUGUUUCGUACUACUGGGCUCUGUACUUUAGUCAGUACAGGUAUGCUGUGUCGCCACAUGGAUACUUAACGUGCGUUAUCAAUUUUUUCUCUGGUUUAAUAAACUAGGUGGCUGAGCUUUGAGAAUGUUAUCAACGCUUUGCUUUCCAAGCCAGUUUAUUACCUGAGUAUAACGAAGCUACGGGCCCAUGUUAAGGAGAAUUGCUUCGUCGAUGAUGAGGAAGAGUUUACCACCAUGGUGAAUUUCUAUCAUGACCUGAGAAUAAUUAUCAAGCACCGUAGUACAGUCAUCUUGAGUGCCAGGUGGCUGAUAGACUUGUUCGGGCAGCUGAUCACCAUUCCAGAUUUUACGAAAAUGGUAAGAAGUGCAUUUUAAACGUGCUUUUAAACUUGCAAUGGUUCAUAAUGGCCCCCCUUUGGGGUGACUUAACAGGUGUGACGGGUCACCCCAACUAUCAUGUAAAGGUGGUCAAAUUAAAAUAUUAUGUUGACGGGCGAGUUACCUCAUCUAAACGGGUUACCUCACCUACUUGGGGUCCCCCACCUCCAUGUACACGGGCCCUAAGAUAAGGUCGUGUGCUAUUUUUAACCAGUUGGACAGGUUUUCCAAUUAUUUCUUAGUAUAUGAAGGUCUUGCUUUUUCAUCACGUUUGACGACUACGUGUAAGAACUGGGAAAAGUAUUCAUUGGUUGAUUUAGGUUGUCGAAGGAAUAAGCGCUAACUCGCCUGUGAAGUAGUUAUGCAAGUUCCAUUUCAUACUGCUUUCAUUAUCCAACAAGUUGUUCCCAAGGGCGGAUUUAGGGGUGGGCCCAGGGGGCCCAGGCUCCCCCUUUUUGUUCGGGAAUUUUUUUCUUUUUUAUAUUGUCAACGUGUGCCGGAUAGUACUUCGAGCUUUGUUACUUAAAUAUACUUUCUUUUAUAAACAUUGUUAAUAAGAAAGGAAUCUGUGUUCGAAGCCUACAUAUUUCAUACAGUGUUAAUUACCUUUUUAACCACAACCACACCCGUGGUUUAUUAAAUAUUUCAGCAUUUCAUGUUCAUUAUGGAAUCCAGGCAUUUGCUAAAUCUAAGCGUCCAGAUUGCACUAGAUUGCAUCUCAGAGAACUUCAAUCUCAAAAGUUUUCCCGGAGGAGCAUGCCCCCGAAUCUCCCUAGAAAAGUGCGCCGUUCGCAGUUCUGAUGGGCGCUAUCGCGCCCAUAUUGCUACUGUAUAUUAUAUCUCUAGGCCCCCUCUAUCACAAAAUCCUCCGUCCACCUUUGUUUCCAAGUUGUUCCUCUUUACAAUGCGCGCAAGUCGUGAAUAUUUAAUGAGGAGCAAAGCAAACUAGCCCUUUCUACCACGAAAAAACAUUUUUCCAUUUUCAUCCCUUUUUCCUUUUCCACAUUUCAUUAUUUCACAUUGUUUCCUUCCACCACGACAACCACGUUUCUAUUGUUUUCCCUCAGCGCGAGGUUACGGUGAACGUUGUAAAGAAAAGAAAACCUGACUUCGUAAAUCUUUUAACUGGAUUAAAAAGAAUUGUGACGAACCAAACAGAGGGCUGCUUAGAAGGCUAUCCUCUUUACUUUUAUUCACACAGUAGUACUUGCUAGGCAGACUACGUAACCUUUUUCUUUAUAUUCGUCCCCACACAAAAACGGGAAACUCAAGAUCUUUUUCUUUGUUUGUUUACUUAAAAUAUUAAAUGAAAUUACCAAUAAUUUACAAGUACAUUAAUUAACUGGCUUGAAAUUCUCCCUAAAUAUCACUAUUUUAAAAUAGUUUUGUUAUUGUCCGUCACCUUAUUCCGUCUUAGGUUCCUAAGGUUGCCAAGUACUGGAAGGAAGUUAAAGAAAGCGGUGCUCUCCCCAUGGAACUGGUUGAUCUUGUGUUUUCCAGCUUUCUCCUGAAGGGUGUUGCCAGGAAAGACAUUCUUGAUUUGAUGGAACAAUUUGGAUUAAUUGCAAAAUUUUCAUCUUCAAAGGCAGGUGAAAAGUAUUUUGUUCCAUCUCAACUCAAAGCUUCGCCUGAUUCCCUUUGUUCCAUGGCGCCCUCUAGGCUGGACCCUUGUGCCCUGUAUGUUUACUUUGUCAGCGGUUCUGUUCCCCAUGGUCUGUUCACUCGGCUUGUUUCUCGAUCCGUCCGUUGGUGUUCUGAGGCUGGUCCAACUCAGCCCCCUAGCCUGUUUCAAAAUGGAGCGUGGUUUGUUAUUGGCAAGCAAACUUUUCAUGAUUUUGUUCUUAUUUGUGAGAAACAGUUUAUUAAGUUUUUUAUCAAGCAAAGAAACCAACCUCAGCAGAUCUCAGUAGAUGACACAAGUGAGGUGGCAGUGCAGGUUCGUAAGUUUGUGGAGGCAACUUUGCAAACUUUGUCACGUGAUCUCUAUAAAGGUGGAUUGCAGUAUCAUAUUCGGGUCGCCUGUCCGUAUUGUCAGCGGCAAAAAUGCUCAAGCCAUGAUCAGAUUGCAUGUUCUCAUAGAGAUUGUCUUCACCUCCUUGAGUUAAGACGAGGCGGUCCUCUGAUUUGCAAGAAGAAACCUGCAGAGGAGGUACUCACAGUUACUGGACAAGAAAAGUGGUUCUCACAAAUAGAAAGUAGGGUAGGUAGUAGUGAAAUGCAAUCUCCAGUAGUGCUGGUAGCAUAUUACAUAUCUAUCGAAUACGCAUGCUACUUAAAAUUGUGUCUUUCUAAAGAGUAGCCACUGUAGCAAUAUAUUUAAACUAAAGAGGCUUCAACAAAGUCCAUGGAUGUGCUUUGUUAAGGCUAUAGUAUGAGGUUUAACGUAUGCCUUUAUUUAUCCUACCACGAGCCCCACUGGAGUGUAAGAGAAGGCUUUGUUGCUAUCAACUUAGCAAACAUUAGUACUUCAAAUCAAGUAAGUUGGGUGAUAAGGUCAAUUGACUACCAUAUAUUAAUAAUUGUUAUUGGUCUAAUAGGCAUAUCAGUUGGCAUAUGAGUUUUUCUCAAGUCUUUUUUAAUGUGCUGUUUUGCUUUGCUGUUGAGCAAUGAGUUUAUAGCAUUUAACGUGUUAACAUGUCUUGCAAACUUUCAUUCAAAAAGGUAGAACCCCCCAGAUGUAAAAUUUGUAUUUUAUAAUAUGCAAUUUUGGUUGCUAUGCAGGAAGCGUGUACUCCAUCAUCAUCACCUGAUACCAAACAAGCUCGCCCAGAGCGUCUGGUACUGAAAGUUACCCUUCUCGCGAAUGAGUGGGGAUCGUCUCAGGGUGGCUUGUCAACAAUAAACAGGACUCUUGCCAUACAUUUGGCAAAAGACUCACACGUAGAAGUGACCAUUCUUGUACCUGAAUUUGAGUGUGGCGAAGAGCAUAAGAGAGCUGCCAAAAGUCACAACAUUUCCAUCCGGGAAGCAGGGCGCCUUCCUGCCUACAGUGAUCCUCUUGACUGGUUGAUCGUUCCCCCAGAAGACCUUGACAUUCAGAUUGUGAUCGGCCAUGGAGCAAAGCUUGGUAGACAAGCACAGAUUAUAAGAAAGUCUCAUUGCUGUAAGUGGGUGCAGGUUGUUCACACUGAGCCUGAAGAGCUGGCAAUGCAUAAGAACUAUCCAAGUGCCAUUGCCAAGGGAGAAGAGAAGAACAGAGCUGAAGUUGACCUUUGUCAAAUUGCAGAUCUCGUUGUAGCCGUUGGACCAAAGUUAAAAGAAGCGAUCGCGUGCAAGUUGCGUUCAUCUCAUCGAGAUAUCUUUCAAUUAAUACCAGGUUCCUUUGCAGAGUUAUCAGAUAUUGAACAUGGUGCAGAAGAUGGUGUAAAUUUCAGAGUAUUGACCUUUGGUCGCGGUGAUUUGGAAGACUUUAGUCUUAAAGGAUACGACAUUGCCGCUCAAUCCAUAGUUGAAUUGAAGGACAGUUCCUAUAGUCUUGUUUUCGUUGGUGCAUCCGAUGGAAGGCAGGAUGACGUCGCAGAAAUCUUACUCCAGACUGGCAUUUCAAAGAACCAGCUGAUUGUGAGAUCAUUUGUGAAAGACAAACAAAGAUUGAGAGAAUUGUUUUGUGAAGUCGACCUGGCCAUUAUGCCAUCAAGAACUGAGGGGUUUGGUUUGACAGCAUUGGAGGCCAUGUCAGCUGGUCUUCCCAUUCUAGUUAGUGGAAACUCUGGAUUUGGAAAAGCACUGCGUGGUCUUCCAAUGGGUGAAUCAUUUGUGAUCGACUCUGAUGACCCCAAGGAAUGGGCAAAGGCAAUUGCAGCCAUCCGUCAAAAAUCAAGGGCGCAGCGGCUUGAGGAAAUCCAAAGACUGCGAAGAAGUUAUGAUGAAAGAUUCUCUUGGGAGAAACAGUGCCAGUCCCUUGUUGACAGGAUGUGGAAAAUGGUCUAUGGUAAGAAAUCAAAUUUACCGAUAGAAAAGUAAUGAUAAUAAUAAUAAUUAGUACCUGAUGAUUUUCAAAUGCGUAUCUUUUCAGUAUUAUCCUCCACUUGGUUUUAUAAUUCAUCUCUGUAUGUCCAUCGCUUCUGCAACAGCGAUUGCAUAAAUACAUUUUUACUAUAUUAUGUUUCGUGGUCCAUGUGCAUCCCUGCAGAAAUGUUAUUGUUAACCUUUUAUCCUUAAUGUUAGCAUUCACUUUCUCCACACUGUUCUUCAUACAUUUCUCGUGUUACUGAUGAGGAGAAUUUGUUUAACAAUCAAGAUCUUUUUUUACCGGCUGAUCAAUUCCAUUUUUUAAAACUUUCAUGUAUAAUUUUAUAACAUAUGGACUACAAUUGAAAGAGUUAACGAUAAAUUGAAAUUUUAAAUCCAUAAGAUUGCGAUACAUCAAAGUCAUCUGAUUUCUAUUCAUAUCCAGUAGCAAUGGUGGGUUGUCACAAAAAAUGAAGGUUGGAAUCGUUCAUUUUUUUUUAAGAGUGACAUAGUUUUCUGUAAAUCAUCAAUUUUUUAAACUUUACAGGUCUUGGAAAAAACAGAGAAGAUGACGUUCCACAGAACGACUGUGAAAAAGAUGCUGCAACAGGAGCGAUAGCAGGUAAUUUCAUUGUUUGUUUUGUCAAUUAAACCAGUAGACUGAGGUUAUUUUCUUCUGUUAAACCAGGGGACUUUCGAUUUUUCGGGUGCUUUUAGCUUUUCAAUGCUUAGUGUAGCAUCUCCAAGUAGACUGACGUAAAAUAAUGUUUCCCUCUCCCGCUUACAGGCCAAACCAUUUAAAUUUACUGCUAAUUUUAAACUUUUGCAGGUGUUGAAAAAAACCGAGAAGGUGACGUUCUAAAGAACGACUUUGAGAAAGAUGCUGCAACAGGACCGAUAGCAGGUGAUGUCAUUGUUUGCUUUGCCAAUUAAACCAAAGCCAAAAUAUAUUUUCGCAGUAGAGUGAAGUUACUAACUUACUAGAAUGACUCUGAAGUUUAAUGCUUUGAAUAUUUUCAUUUUAAUAUUGCAUAGAAUUUUAGACUUUUAUUUUUUAGAGUUUUGCAUAGCAUGGAAUUUUAUUAUUAUUGUUGUUAUUAUUAGCUUUUCAGGAAUUUUUUGGAUUGUAACUUAAUGUUAAGCGCUUUUGAAUAUUUUAUAGUUCUAGUACUAUACAAAUUCUCUAUCAUUAUCAUUAUCACUAUUUCCUAUUAAACAGGCGUGAAAUAACCUCUUCGUGUAUCUUAUUUUGUCUUUUUCAUCUUCCGCUCACAGGUGAACCCACUUUCCUUGCACUUCAACAAAUCCUGUUGGAAGCACGCACAGAGUCCAGCAAAACUGUGCUGUCGCAGGCUUUAAAGACGACUGCGUUGGAGAAAGGUUUUGCGAUUUCUGACAAUCAAGGGGAGGGGAACUGCAUGUUUUUUGCACUUUCAGAGCAGCUUGACGUCAUCAAAGGAAUUCAAAUGCCCCAUGAUGAGUUACGCCGAACUGUUGUACAACACCUUCGGGAAAACCCCAGGCUGGUAAGUAUCUUAUUACCUUAUUAGGGUGCACACACCUGCAGUAUACGCGCAUAGCCGUGGCAUUUGUUCGCUACAUUGUUUUGACUCCUCUCAAAGUUAAAAAAAAUAAUAAUAAUAAGGCCCUGUCCACACGUAUCCGAAAUACGGGUCCACACGAAGCGUAUUUGAAUCUUUUUCGCCCGUCCACAUAAAAACGCUAAAAUGAUUGAAAUACGAUGGCAUCCAUUUGCAGAGCAUGCGCAAUGUUGUAUUCUAGAACCUCUGUAUUCGUCCAUCCGCACAUCGUUUUUCAAAGUCUCCACUCCUGGGACCGUUUGUUAAAACCUGCGUUUUUGGUGCCAGAAAGUACCGAUCACGUGUGGGCGGAAGGCUAAAAUGAACAAAUAAAUCUCCGAUUUAAAAAAAAAAAUGUAUCCGGAUACGUGUGGACGUGGCCCUUAAAUUCCUGCGAUUAAAUGUGACGGCUUUACGGGUAUGCUGCAAAUGAAUUCAUCCUUUAUGAGCAAAACAACAGCUAACUCUGCACGAGCAUCACGCUUUGCUUCUUCGUCCACUCAAUCAAUCAAUCAAUCAAUCAAUCAAUCUUUAUUCCUCCUAAGAUAAAAAGACAUAUCUUCAGUUACAUCAGCAGUUGGGAGUCUAAAAAUACAUAAGACAUACUGUAUAGAAAUGAAAAGAUAAAAAUACAUAAGACAUACUGUAUACAAAUAAAAGAAAGAUCAAAGAUUAUAUCUAAAAACAAGCCUAUUUACAAAAACAUUCGUAAAUCUUUCAGUCUUUAUAUCCAGGCGAUGAGCAGUUUUGUUUUUGAGUUGAUACUUUGUUUCUUUCUUCUUUGGAAUAAUGUUACUAAGCUGGCAAUCGGGAUCCGCUGAACGUACCUUGAAAAGCUUCUUAUCUGUCUUUUCUAAAAGUUCUCGAAUGUCCAUUCUCUUAAAUGUGUAUUUCCUUUUAAAGCAUCUAUCCAGAACGUUUUGUAUGACCGUGAGAUCUGAGUGUACAGCGCCAUAAACAGGCAGACCAUAACUGAAAUUCGGAAAAAACUGAGGCGCUAAAUUGGUGGUCUACUUCACCUUGACUGAAAGCUCGCUUUCGUAGAGAUCUUAAUGCAAACAGACACUUAUUUGCCUUAAUCAACCUAGCACGUACGUGUUCGCUAUAUUUACAAUUCUCCUGAAACGUAACGCCUAAAAUGGGCAGCUCCGUGCAUUGCGGAAUGUUAUUAACUUGCGCAAUAUCCUGAAUAAAACCUUUCUUGCGAAAAAUAAUUUCUUGACAUUUCGACGGAUUACAAAUUAUACUCUUUCCUUAGGCCAAAUUAAAAACUGAUCCACCAAAUCCGUACGACAGUGGCCAUUACUCCAAAUGGGAGUAUGAUUAUCUAUGCUGAUUUCCAGAUCAUUAAUAAAAAUACUAAAUAAGUACGGACCACUCACACUGCCCUGUGUAGUGCCGCUGUUCACUUAGGGUCAUCUAGAAACAAUAGACGGUGUGCUGCAUACUGAGGAGCGCGUCUAUACAGCUCCCCCCUGUCCUGCAGGGAAACUGAGUUGAGCUCAGAUGUUGCUGCACGACUACGACGCAAAACUUCCUUAUGUGACGUUUUGUGGAGGGCAUCGAACACUCGACGGUCAAUUAUUACUUUUGGCCUUGGACACAGUCACUAAGGGCUGAAAUCCAAGAAAAUUUGUCGACUUAUGUCAAACUCACAUUAUUUUAAUAGUAAACAUCCAUUCCCCCCUCUCUCUUACACGUGUAACGGACACCUCCCUAAAAGUGUUGGUCCCUGCCAUUCUUAACUGUUGUUUUUUUUAUAUAUAUAUAUUUUGAGGGGAGUAGUAUAGGUCACGCAGGUUAGACACCUUUUUUGUAGUGGAAUCUUAUUUCUGUGAAGUGGAAUAAAUUAACGUCGAUGACAUCUUUAUCUCAGCAAUAAAAUGCGGUCGAAUCUCAUCAAGAUAACGUCACGAGCUAUUUUUAUGUAGUAUUUAGUAUAUUGAUUGAUUCUUAUAUUGAUGAUGUAACUUGUUGGGAUCAUGUCCUUUAUUUGUGAGAAUGAUUUUGUUGAUCAUUUGAAAUGAAUGAUUUUCCAGUAAUCGGAGACUUAGUUAUGCGCACAGGAUUAUGGGAUCGCCAGGGGGCAAACAUUGCAAGUCGCUGCAAAGAAAUGUAUGGCGUGGAAUUGUUUCUCCGUUGAAAAAGUAAAGUCUUUGGACAUAGAAUGCCGCAUUUUGCCAUGAUUUUAUGAGAAGCGGACAAGACUAAUGUUUGUGCGUUGAAAUUAUAAGUUCUUGUGGGAUCGAUGCGAUGAAUUCUAUCGAUAAACACUCCUUGCGAAAAGGUCGACUGUAAAAUUUACUGAAUGGUCUCGAAAUAUAUAGUACUAACUUAGGUAUAAAUGAGCGGGGAAUGCGGACUCAUUUAAGCCUUUCUAGUUGUAGUUACUUGUGCUGAUAUUUACAACGAGUGUAAUUACGCUCAGCUCGGGGCGAUCACAACGCUGUGCCAGUUUGUGACAACGAUCAGGUACACAUAGAAUUUGAAAUGUACUAACUUUAAAAACAAAACCGUCUUCCCAAGUUGGUAUGUUUAUUUCUUCUCGCCGAAAAAAACGCUAGCAAAAUGUUUUGUCAUGAUCCAGAGCAACAAUGAGUUCUACUGCCUUUUCCAAUCAUUUUGUGGGAAGAUAAGGAAUCUCUGAAUUUCGCACAUCAAUUUAUUUGCAGUUACACACUCACGGUUUUUGUAUCGGAAAUCUUACUCGUUUUGCGACACUCUCUCUUGCUAUUUCUGCCUCAUCUACUAAUGCUUUUAUACCAUGUACUUUCCAUGAAAUAUUUCGAAGAUGUUACUUUGUUUAUACCAACGUAGAGGAGGAUUUUUUGUUUUUAUGGCCACGUACAUACCUUCGAUUGUUGUCUUGUCACAACCCGCACAGCGCCGCAUAGCGCUGAUCGCGGCCGAGCGUAGUUACACUCGUUGUAAAUAUCACCACACGUAAUUACAACUGAAAAGCUUAAAUGAGCCCCUACAUUUAUACCUAAAUUUGCACUAUAUAUUUCGAGACCUUUAAUGUACAUAACUGAAUUCAGUAACCACAAAUUUCACUCUCAACCUCAAGCAAGGAGUGUUUAUCGACAGAAUUUAUCGCAUUAAUCACACAGAAACUUGAAAUUUCAACGCACCAACAUUAGUCACCUCCCCUUCUCAUAAAAUCACGCCAUAUAUUUUCUCAAAAUGUUCGCCCCCUGGCGAUCCCAUGAUCCUGUGCGCAAAACAUGGGUCUCCGAUUACUGGAAAAUCAUUCAUUAUGUGGGUCAUGUCUUCAUUUGGUGAUGAAGACACCUGUGACUUAAAAUCACUGAACCAUGACGCCCUCAGUGUCCAUUGCAGGCAACUUAAGGUGUGUUCACACUGUAUCGUAUAGCUUUUUCGCCGGCACGAAAAUCAGUUCACACAUAAGAACGGUGAUUUCGGAGCGAUUUCUGUUAAACGGAGAGAAGCUGUGCCUCGCUGAUCUCUUAAGUGGAUAGUUACAUAUCGGAUAGAUGUCGUGUCUUCACUAAGGGUUAUCCGGUAUAGUGUGAACAUAGCCUUAUUGUUCUGGUUCCAGUUCACUGAUUCUUGGCGCGCAAAUGAGAUAAAGACGUCAUCGACGUUAAUUGAUUCCACUUCAAAAAAGGGGUCUAAUGAGUGCCUCCUACACUACUAAAGUGGACAAAUCUUUGUUAGUGCCGAUACCAGCGGGUUCCGCUUUGGAGAGAGCUCACGACAGCACAGCUGCCUGAAUAUAUACCUUCUACAAAAGCACUCUACCUUUUUCUCUAUCAACUAAAGUAUUUUCUUUUUUUCUUACAGCCGGAUGGGACAGAAUUGUUUCAUUUUGUUGAUGGACAUCCAUCUUGGGAUGCCUACCUCACUAGCAUGAUAAAAGAUGGUACUUGGGGUGAUCACGUGAUUCUACACGGCGCGGCAAACUGUUUUCAAACUUGCAUUCACGUGAUCAGCAGUCUUCCGCAUCGACAUGACGUAAUGAUCUGCCCAGAGUUUGAUGUUACUAGUAGCAACCGGCUUGUGCUGGGUCACGUGUACGAGCUUCACUAUGUUAGCCUUAUUCCACAGAAAGGAGGUAAAGAUGACUGA